AUGGAGGCUGAGUGCGGGAGCCCGUGGACCCUGGGACUGCUGCGCACUUUCGAAGCGAGCGAAUUCGCAGGCUGGGAGAAAGUCGGCUCCGGCGGCUUUGGGCAGGUGUACAAGGUGCGACACGUCCACUGGAAGACAUGGCUGGCCAUCAAGUGUUCUCCGAGCCUGCACGUCGACGACAGGGAGCGCAUGGAACUCUUGGAAGAAGCCAAGAAGAUGGAAAUGGCCAAGUUUCGUUAUAUAUUGCCUGUGUAUGGUAUAUGCCGAGAACCUGUUGGCCUUGUCAUGGAGUACAUGGAGACAGGCUCACUGGAAAAAUUGCUGGCCUCGGAGCCACUGCCAUGGGAGCUGCGCUUUCGCAUCACCCACGAGACCGCGGUGGGCAUGAACUUCCUGCACUGCAUGUCCCCACCUCUCCUCCACCUGGACCUCAAGCCCGCCAACAUCCUGCUGGAUGCCCACUACCACGUCAAGAUUUCUGACUUUGGGCUUGCCAAGUGCAAUGGGCUGUCCCACUCACAUGACCUCAGCAUGGAUGGGCUGUUUGGCACCAUUGCGUACCUCCCUCCAGAGCGCAUCCGUGAGAAGAGCCGACUCUUUGACACCAAGCAUGAUGUAUACAGCUUUGCCAUCGUCCUCUGGGGGGUGCUUACACAGAAGAAACCAUUUGCAGAUGAGAAGAACAUCCUGCACAUCAUGGUGAAGGUGGUGAAGGGUCACCGCCCUGAGCUGCCACCAGUCUGCAGACCCCGACCCCGGGCCUGCAGCAACUUGAUCCGCCUCAUGCAGCGGUGCUGGCAGGAUGACCCACGCGCACGGCCCACCUUCCAAGAAAUUACUUCUGAAACUGAGGACUUGUGUGAAAAGCCUGAUGAUGAAGUGAAAGAAACAACUCAAGAUCUAGAUGUGAAAAGUCCCCCGGAGCCCAAGAGCGAGGUGGUACCUGUGUCCACGCCCCUCAAGCGCGCCUCAGCCCCAACAUUUGAUAAUGACUACAGCCUUUCGGAGCUGCUAUCACAGCUGGACUCUGGAAUUUCUCAGACCAUCGAAGGCCCAGAAGAGCUCAGCCGCAGCUCCUCAGAAUCCAAACUCCCCUCAUCAAGCAGUGACAAAAGGCUUUCAGGGGUCUCUUCCGUUGAUUCCGCCUUCUCAUCCAGAGGGUCGCUGUCCUUGUCUUUCGAGCGUGAGCCUUCAACAGGCGAUCUUGGCACGACAGACAUUCAGAAGAAGAAGCUGGUGGAUGCCAUCAUAUGUGGGGACACCAGCCGGCUGAUGAAAAUCCUGCAGCCCCAGGAUGUAGACCUUGUCUUGGAGGGCAGUGCCAGCCUCUUGCACCUGGCCGUGGAGGCUGGCCAGGAGGAGUGUGUCAAGUGGCUUCUCCUCAACAAUGCUAACCCCAACUUAACCAACCGGAAAGGCUCCACGCCUCUGCAUCUGGCCGUCGAGCGGAGGGUGCGUGGUAUUGUGGAGCUGCUACUGGCCCGCAAGAUCAGCGUUAAUGCCAAAGAUGAGGACCAGUGGACGGCCCUGCACUUUGCUGCCCAGAACGGGGACGAAGCCAGCACACGUCUUCUGCUGGAAAAGAAUGCCUCCGUUGAUGAGGCAGACUGCGAGGGCCGCACACCUGUGCACGUGGCCUGCCAGCACGGCCAGGAGAGCAUUGUGCGCAUCCUGCUGCGCCGUGGAGUAGAUGCUGGCCUGCAGGGCAAGGACGCCUGGGUCCCACUGCACUAUGCUGCCUGGCAGGGCCACUUGUCUAUUGUGAAACUGCUGGCCAAGCAGCCGGGAGUGAGCGUGAAUGCCCAGACACUGGAUGGGCGGACACCCCUGCACCUGGCUGCUCAGCGAGGGCACUACCGUGUGGCCCGCAUCCUCAUUGAUCUCCACUCCAAUGUCAACAUCUGCAACCAGCUCUUGCAGACGCCCCUGCAUGUAGCCGCUGAGACGGGCCACACAAGCACCUCAAGGUUGCUUCUGCACCGUGGUGCUGAGAAGGAGGGACUGACCUCAGAGGGCUGCACAGCCCUGCACCUGGCUGCCCGGAAUGGACACCUGGCCACUGUGAAGCUGCUGGUGGAGGAGAAGGCUGACGUGCUGGCCCGUGGGCCACUGAGUCAGACGGCUCUCCACCUGGCUGCUGCCCAGGGACACUCAGAGGUAGUGGAGGAGCUGGUCAAUGCUGACAGCAUCAACUUAUCUGAUGACCGGGGCCUCAGCGCGUUGCACCUCGCUGCCCAGGGCAGGCAUGCAAAGACGGUGGAGGUCCUCCUUAAGCAUGGGGCCCACAUCAAUUUACAGAGCCUCAAGUUCCAGGGUGGCCAGCAGCUGGGUGGAUCACCUGGCCACAGCCCUACAUCCACACUCCUUCGAAGAAGUAAGACCUAG